AUGCCUGCGCUCGCCAUCGCAGUCCCCCUCUCCCCGGAGUCCCUGGGUGAGAAGACGAAGAGUAAGAAGAUGAAGAAGGCCGACGCCGAGGCAGCGCCGGUACUGGGAGAUGUGCUCGACUCUGUGGAGAAAAAGAAGAAGAAGAGCAAGAAGGUCGAGGCUGAUGAUGGAGCUCCCGAGGGCGCUGCCUUGUUGGAGAAGAAAAAGAAGAAGAAGGCUGGUUCAGAUGAUAAUAGUAGCGUGAAAGAGAAGAAGAGGAAGGCCUCAGACGAUGAGGGUGACAAGAAGAGUGCCCAAAAAAUAGCCAAUGGAGGGCCAGCCGCCGUCUCCAAUGGACUUCCUGUGAAGAGACAGAAGAUUGAUGGGAAGGAAAACGGGGAGCUCGCCUCAUCUGACGGCGCCGAUGAACAAGUUCCUGCUGAUCCGAACGCAGUGUCGAAUUUUAGAAUCUCGGAGCCUCUCCGGGCGGCUUUGAAGUCCAAGGGGAUCCAGUCACUAUUCCCGAUCCAGGCCAUGACUUUUGACCUUAUUCUGGACGGGUCUGAUUUGGUCGGCAGGGCACGCACUGGCCAGGUACAAUCUCUUUCUCACGCGCUGAUAUCUUUUUGAUGUUUAGUCCUCACCCCAUGAAAGGAUGGCCGACGCUCAUACACGUUACGGACAAAUCAGAAAGAGACGAAGUAUGCAAAUACAGUAAAUCUAUGUACAGUAAAGGAAGGAAAAAAUCUCGAUUAUUCAGCUUUUUUAAUCUCGUUUAAGGUUCUGUGAGACUGCGUAGAGACAAAUUAGACAAUAGCUUUGUGGGCGAGGCUCUAUUAAAACCUUUACUCAAGGAUGGAUUGGACUUGGCGUUGGAACUCUCUGGUUUAGAUAACUGAAACUAAAUCCGGUCUUUGCAUAUCCAUAUAUGUAUAUAUGUAUAUAUUUAGUGGAAUGAUUCAUCUUCACCAUGUCAUUAGUUUCCUUCAUCGUGUAAGAUGAAUGCGUGAUGAUUUUCGUUUUUUGAAAGUUUUCUUCGUCAGUAUGAUAAUUUCACGUUAAUAACAAUAAUAACCGGUGAUUGUUACAUUUCAAUGGCUGAAAACUCCAUGCUAAAUAUUGUAAAAUAAGUCUGACAACUAGAAAAUGAACCGUUAUGUUGAAAGCUAAUCAAAAUGUGUAACUCUCCUAUUUUUUGUAGCUCUUUCAUCUUUCAUUACAUUAUGCAACAUCAUACUCUUAUCUUCCAUCUAUCUGACCUUCAAAUUUCUGGCCGUACGUAUGCUUACCCCAGUAGAUGCUAAGAUCAUUUAAUGAUAAGCAUUCUACGAUGAAUCUAGGGAUACACUUUGUACCUGAAAUAUGAGCACGGGCAUUAAAUGUAUCUGUAGUUUUUGUGGUGUAAAUCAUAAGGACGUGAGGCUGCUGGUUUGUUAGAUAAUUUAUUGGAGUCGUAUAGCUGCUUCCUUUGUCGACUUUGCGCUUAAUUGAUGCAUUAAUUUGAAAUGGUACUUUAAAAUAUGUAAGCUUUGCAACUUUUCCAGUUCUUACUGAUUGAUGCCCAUCAUGAAUACCUGUCAGCUCCUGCCUACGCUGAUGCUCGUUAAGUUUUUCAAUUGCGGCUCAUAGAUACCAUUUCUUGUAUCUCUUUGGUGGGUCCUUGAUUGCGAGUAUGUUUUUGAUUUUAGGGUAAAACUUUGGCUUUUGUGCUGCCCAUCUUGGAGUCGCUGAUAAAUGGCCAGAACAAGGAAUCGGGGAAAAUGGGAUAUGGAAGAACACCAAGUGUCCUCGUACUCUUGCCUACAAGAGAACUAGCAAAUCAGGUAUACUAGGAUGCGUGUGCUAUGCGUACUUUGAAUGCCCAGAAUAUGUUCUUCUCUUAAUGCAACCUGCAACUUAAUCUUAUAUUAGGUAUAUUCGGAUUUCGAAGUUUAUGGUCGGGCAAUUGGAUUAUCUGCUUGCUGCUUGUAUGGUGGAUCCCCUUACCGUGCUCAGGAGAUGGCUUUGAGACGAGGAGUAGACAUAGUUGUUGGAACACCAGGCCGUGUUAAGGUAAUGACAAAUGACUCUGUUCCACUUCUUUAAGUCAUUUAAUAUUGGUGCCCGUCUUGGUGUAAGUGAAAGCUUUUCGAUUGAUCCGUAUUCAUUUUGACAUUCAUCUUGUAUAGGACCAUAUCGAGAGAAAGACUUUAGACCUGAAGGCACUAAAAUUCCGUGUUCUUGAUGAGGCUGAUGAAAUGCUGAACAUGGGUUUCGUCGACGACGUUGAACUUAUCCUCGGUACGUGGUUACCUUGGUAACUCAAGUAAAACAACUUGGAAUUGUUUGAAUGUGUUUCGAACAGUGCUGAAGAUGUUGGAGUUUUCUGCUUACUUUUUCCUUUAUUUUUCCCUUCAUACUCUAGUAUCACAUUUUACCUACACUUCUAUCGAAAUGGAUAUUGUCUGCAAUUCAGUGGAAGGCAAAUAGAGUAUUAUAUUUCUGUAUUUUCAUAUCUGCAUUGUACGGAAUGUAUCGAAAAACAAAGAAUAGUGUUUGAUUGUUAUGAUAUCAUUGAACAAUGUAUUGUAUGUUUCAUUGAAGUUAAGAACUAAGCAGUCACUAGAGCUGCCGAAACGGUGUUUCUUAUGGGGCUAACCAGGCACGAUAAAAUCAUGCCAGUCUCAGGAUAUAUUUUGUUGAUUCCUGGUGUUAAAAGAGCUACAAAUUCUAAAGAAGUUUCCAUUUUCUCUUAUUCAUAAUGCCAAUAUUUUUGGGAUAGAUGCAUUCUACUUGUGCUUUAGUCGUCAUUUUUGGAAUGUCAGCAGUGGAUAUUCACUGGCUUCAUCCGGUUAAAGAUUAAGUAUUCACUGAGAUUUUAUUACUUAUUGUCUAGCUCUAGACUGAACCUCGGUGGUGUAUGUCAUAACCUUUCAUGAUGGCUACGACAGAUCAUGUUGCCUAAAUCAUUGAUGUUUUCAUACUCUCCAAAAUAUAAUCUCAAGAAUUUUAUUAUCUGUCUUGGCUUUACAGGAAAGGUCGAGGAUGUGAAUAAAGUCCAGACGCUUCUCUUCAGCGCCACAUUGCCUGAAUGGGUGAAGAAGGUCAGCUGUUAAAUCAUCUUAUCAUGCAUUUAUUAUUCAUAAAUGCCUUGUUUUCACCCUAUGUUCUGAUUCAAAUUUGAAAUUUAUUUAUCGUCGUCCAGAUAUCCACCAGGUUUUUGAAACCGACGAAAAGAACUGCAGAUCUUGUUGGCAACGAGAAAAUGAAAGCUAGCGCCAAUGUUAGACAUCUCGUUCUCCCCUGCACACGUGUCGCUCGGAACCAGCUCAUCCCAGAUGUUAUUCGUUGUUAUAGCCGGUUUGCUUAUUUUCUUCCGACUAUUAUCAUAUAUUUUUUGUCUUCUUUCUCACUGUCCCUGAAUGAUUCUGAUAUGGGGAUUUUUUUUAUUCAGGGGAGGUCGGACGAUCAUAUUCACUGAGACGAAAGAUUCAGCUUCUGAACUCGCUGGGGUGUUGCCUGGCGCACGAGCUUUGCAUGGAGACGUCGUACAGGCUCAACGUGAGGUGAGAAGAGCGAGGAUAAUGAGCAUACAAUUGAAAAUUUGAAACCUGGGUGCCAAUAUAUGAGAGAUAAUUUGCCCUCUUUUUUUGUGGAUCUCUCUCAGGUCAUACUUGCUGCAUUCAGAUCAGGCAGUUUCUUGGUGCUGGUGGCGACGAAUGUUGCUGCUCGUGGGCUGGACAUUAAUGACGUCCAAUUGAUCAUCCAGGUUACUGUUUUCCCUUGGGAGAAACCUCUGUGCUCUCAUAUAUUUCGUACUAUUAUACUCCAUCAAAUUGAAUGAUAUCGAGUUUCUAAAUACGACUUCAUGACGUUUCUUAUUUCAGUGUGAGCCUCCCAGAGAUGUUGAAGCUUACAUUCACCGAUCAGGGCGCACUGGGAGAGCUGGUAUGGUCUUAUCAUUGCAUAUUUAAUCGACUCAACCAUCAUCUGGUCAUACUUCCCCCGACUGAUCGAAUGUUCCCAUUGCCAGGCAAUUCGGGAGUUGCCAUUCUGUUGUAUGAACCAAGAUACUCGCAUAAUAUCUCGAGAAUAGAGAGGGAAUCUGGUGUCAAAUUUGAGCGAAUAUCAGCUCCCCAACCAGCUGAAGUUGCAGAGACAGUUGGCUCUGAAGCAGCCGAUGCUAUCUCAAACAUAUCCGACAGGUACGGCCGGAGAAGAUGACAACUAUUUUGAUCGCCUCUUUUUCUUCAUUCGGUCUCUUAUAAACAAUUGGUUUUUUUCCGUAUUAUGGACUCUUUUAUGUGGUUUUGUACAUUCUUUCUGUAUAAAAGAACAAUUAUUUGAGGAACAACCCAAAUUACUUAGCUUUUUUUAUGUCUACGGUCCAGUUGACCCCAGAGGGAUAGAGAUCCUGACCCAUUUGGAUCAUGGAUGGAGAGAAUUUUUUAUUUUCCACGAAUGAUGAAUUUCUUGGUAUGCAGUGUCAUUCCCAUCUUCCGAUCACGUGCUGAGCAGCUCCUAAGCACUUCAGGUCUAUCAGCAGUAGAUAUACUCGCAAAAGCUCUUGCCAAGGCCGCUGUAAGUUCUUGCCCAUGUUCAUGGAAGCAGUUGAAUAUUUUUAUAAUCUACUCAUUUUCUUAAAUGUUGUCUGAUGGCUUUUGCAGGGAUUCACUGAUAUAAGGAAGAGAUCACUUUUAUCUUCAAAAGAUAAUUACGUGACCUUGCUCCUUCGGAUGGGAAAGCCCAUGUUUUCACCAUCGUAAGAACUGCAAUACUACUCUACCCAAUCCUUUGCAAUUUAAGAAUUCUUAUGAUAUAAUAUAAUAUGAACCAGCCUAUGUUUAUUGUGCAUGAUGAAUUUGUUCGGCUGGUUUAAUAUAAACGGUAAUGUGUUUAUCCUCUGUCUCUCGUAUGUAAUGUAUGGGCUAGAGGUCAAAAUGCUAAUUUAUUUUUGGUGGUUUACAUUUCGUUCGAUCAGGCCAUUUUGGUCACCGUUUACUUAAAGUUGGGCUUUGUUUGAGUUUGCUGUCAGGUCAACCCCAGCUCUCCCAAGAUCACACAGAAAGACUUGCCGAUUUUAUUGAGAUCUUCCCGUUUUGUUUGGAUGGUCAAACCCGUUUCACGUUUCUGGCUAAUCUUUGUUCCUCCUUGAUGCCGUCUCAGGUUCGCUUAUAGCGCCUUGAGAAGGUUCAUCCCUGAUGAGAAGAUGGCGGGUGUGAGGGACGUCUCUCUUACGGCUGACGGAAUGGCUGCCGUCUUUGAUGUACCUGAUGAAGACGUGGAGUUGUUCAUUGCUGGUACAAUCCCUCCCCCUCUCUCUCUCUCUCUCUUUCUCUCUCUAGGGGGCUUCCUGUGAUGUAAAUGGAUUCUUGAUGUUGUUCUUGUCAUGCAGGCCAGGAGAAUGCGAGCAUGGUGGAAAUUGAGAUACCGAAGGAGCUGCCUCCCUUGCAAGAGAAGGAGCAACCGAGGGGCGGCUUUGGGGGCAGGGGCCGAUUCGGAGGCAAUAGAUUCUCUGGCGGCAAAGGCGGCGGCUUCGGUAGGAGGGGUGGAGGAGGCGGUGGCGGUAGCGGUGGCGGCAGAUUCAAUAGGAGGUAG